AUGGGAAACUGCUGCCUCGAGAGGCCUCGCCGCGGUGGCGGCGGCAGUGCCGGCGCCGUGCAUUACGCCAGGACGAACCCCGUGUGGGUGGAGGACAACGACGUGGGGGACAGGAAGGAGGAGGAGGCGCGCAAGGGCGAGGGCCCGCCGGCGGCAACCACGGAGGUGAAGAUCAGGAUCACAAGGAAGCAGCUGGAGGAGCUGCUGCGGCGCGUAGAGGGCGGCAAGCACAGCGGCACAGGCGGUGCGCCUGUCCAGGAAGUCAUCUCCGAGCUCCUGUGCGUAGUCAACAGCAGCUCCAUCUUCCGCCACAGGGAGGAGGGGCAGUGGCGGCCGUCGCUGCAGACCAUACCCGAGUGA